AACUGAACCCGGAUGUGCAAGGCACCUGGUACCCGAAUGAGGUAGGAAAAGCCGUGAAUCAGCCGCGACAUCACGACCGCAGCUCCAUGCUCACGUGGCCGGAGUAGGGCGUGGACACGCUUGCGUCCCUUCUGGCCGACUGCACGGUAUUUACCGUCAUCAUGUACACCCACCCAAUUCUCCCCGAGAACCUCUCGGCCAUCGAGGCCUACGCCCAGCGGCACAAGACCCCGCUCGUGGCGAUCCACUCGUCCGGUUUCUACUCCUAUUUUCAGAUCAACCUUCCUGGGGCGUUCCCCAUAGUCGACACACACCCGGACGAGACAGCCACGACUGACCUGCGGCUGUUGUCACCCUGGCCGGAGCUGACUGCCUUCGCCGCGGAGUUGACCAAGGAUAUCGAUGGUCUAGAUGACGUCGAGCAUGGUCACCUGCCUUAUGUAGUGAUCCUUCUCCACUACCUCGAGCGGUGGAAAGCGGCUCACGACGGCAAAUACCCCGCAACAUACAAGGAAAAGACCGAGUUCCGCAAGAUGGUGCAGGCAGCGGCAAGGACCGAUAACCCGGAAGGUGGCGAAGAGAACUUCGAGGAAGCGGCUGCUGCCGUUCUGAAAACCCUGGUACCUCCGUCGCUUCCGUCGGGCCUGAGAGAGGUAUUCGAGUACAAGCAUCCAGAACCGGUCGAGCAGCGAUCCGGCUUCUGGCUCAUCGCAGACGCCGUCAAGCAGUUCUACGAGAAGCACCAGUGCCUGCCCCUACCCGGCAAGCUGCCCGACAUGAAGGCGCAGUCCAAGGUGUACAUCCAGCUGCAGAACAUCUACAAGGCCAAGGCCCGCAGCGACGCAGCCGAGAUACUGCAAAUAGUACAGGCCUCGCCGGGUGGCGAGCGCGUCGAUCCCGCAGAAGUGGAUCUCUUCUGCAAGAACGCAGCCUUCGUUAAGCUCAUCAAUGCGACGGGAGGGGAAGGCGACGCGAGCAUCAGCAGGGCAGAUCGCCUAAGGUCAGCAGCAGCCCGCGAAUUUGCCAACGACGAGACCGCCGCGCUCACCCUGUCUCCACUGUCCCUGCUGCCCGUCUAUCUCGCCCUGCAGGCGGCGGGAACAAGAGCAGCAGCAGCAGCAGAAGCAGUAAACCACGUGGGCUCAUCAGCCGGCCACAGCAGCAACAGCAGCAGCGGCGGCGCCAUCAGCGCGGACGAAAUCCUCGCGACCAUCGCCGCCCAGGUGCCCGGCGCGGAGAAGAAUGAGCGCGUGGUCCAGGCGGCGGGCGAGGUGGCGCGCGCGGCCGGCGGCGAGCUGCACAACGUGGCGGCCCUGACGGGCGGCAUGGUCGCGCAGGAGGUGAUCAAGAUCGUGACCAAGCAGUACAUACCGAUCGAUAACACGUGCGUGUUCGAUGGCAUCGCCAGCCGGUGCCAGGUCCUGAGGCUUUGAUACCAUACCCCCAAGGGGUGGAGGGGGUUGCAAAAGGGGGGGAACGGGCUGGAUCGAUCGAUCGGUGGUGAGAUAGAAGGGGGUGUAUGGGGUAUGGGGUUGCAGACGGGUGUGUGUGUGAGUGGAGGGAUGGAAGAGAAAAGAAACCAAGAGGACCGCCCUCGCCUGGACCUGCGCACUCUGGUAAGCGCCGGGCCGGUUUUUUUUUCCCUCUCUCUCUCGCUAUCUGCUGUCUGUAACUUGGCUCCGUGUCAUCUCGCGAAGUGUUUGGUGGGCGUGGCGCCCUGCAUGGUCCCAUGCUGAAGCGAACUGAGC